CCCGCCCCGGGCGCCUACCCUGCUGUCCCCGGACCUCGGCCGCCUGGCUCUCCGCCUCCACAGCCUAGUCCGCCCGCGCCCCCAUGGCCAGGAAGGUGCUGCCGCUGCUGCUGCCGCUGCUGCUGGCCGUGGCGGGCCUCGCCGGCCUCCUGCUGCUGUGCGUCCCCACCCGCGACGUCCGGGAGCCGCCCGCCCUCAAGUACGGCAUCGUCCUGGACGCUGGCUCGUCGCACACGUCCAUGUUCAUCUACAAGUGGCCGGCAGACAAAGAGAAUGACACGGGCAUCGUGAGCCAGCACAGCUCCUGUGAGGUGCAAGGUGGGGGCAUCUCGAGCUAUGCGGACAACCCCUCCAGCGCCGGCCAGAGUCUGGUGGCAUGCCUGGACCAGGCACUUCGGGACGUGCCCAAGGAGAGACACGUGGGCACGCCCCUCUACCUGGGAGCCACGGCGGGCAUGCGCCUGCUCAACCUGACCAGUCCGGAGGCUUCAGCCAACGUCCUCGCGGCCGUGACGCGGACGCUGGCCCAGUACCCCUUCGACUGCCGUGGUGCCCGCAUCCUCUCGGGCCAGGAGGAGGGGGUGUUUGGCUGGGUGACCGCCAACUACCUGCUGGAGAACUUCAUCAAGUACGGCUGGGUGGGCCGGUGGUUCCGGCCAAGGAGCGGGACCCUGGGGGCCAUGGACCUGGGGGGCGCCUCCACACAGAUCACCUUUGAGACGGCCAGUCCCGUGGAGGAUCCCGCCAGCGAGGUCCAGCUGCGGCUCUACGGCCACCACUACCGCGUCUACACCCAGAGCUUCCUCUGCUACGGCCGAGACCAGGUCCUCCGGAGGCUGCUGGCCAGUGCACUCCAGAGCCACGGCUUCCACCCCUGCUGGCCGAGGGGCUAUUCCACUCACGUGCUGCUCCAGGACGUGUAUGAGUCGCCGUGCACCGCAGCCCAGAGGCCCCAGACCUUCAACAGCAGCUCUAGGGUCAGAGUGUCGGGCAGAAGCGACCCCGCUCUGUGCCGCGGCCUCGUCUCCGAGCUCUUCAACGUCUCCUCCUGCCGCUUCUCUCGAUGCUCCUUCAACGGCGUCUUCCAGCCCCCUGUGGCUGGGAGCUUUAUCGCCUUCUCUGCUUUCUUCUACACGGUGGAGUUCCUGAGAACAGGGAUGGGGCUGCCCGUGGCAACCCUGCAGCAGCUAGAGGCGGCCGCGGUCACCGUCUGCAACCAGUCAUGGAGUGAGCUGCAGGCUCGAGCGCCAGGCAGGCAGGCCCACCUGCCCCACUACUGCGCAGGGGCCAUGUUCGUGCAGCAGCUGCUAAGCCGCGGCUACGGCUUCGACGAACGCGCCUUCGGAGGCGUGACCUUCCAGAAGAAGGCCGGGGACACCGCGGUCGGCUGGGCGCUUGGCUACAUGCUGAACCUGACCAACCUGAUCCCCGCCGACCCGCCCGGGCUGCGCAAGGGCGCAGACUUCGGCUCCUGGGUCGUCCUCCUCCUGCUCUUCGCCGCCAUGCUCCUGGCCGCGGUCGUCCUUCUGGGGCUCCGGGCGCGCUCUUCUAAGGCGCCGAGCGCCAUCUAGUGGCGGGCUGGGGACAGCAGCCCCAGCUCCACGUCCCCGCCCGCCGACCCCGUGGCUCGCCCCCCUCCACAUCUUUUCCCCCCAUGCAGCCACGGGAGCAAGACUCUAGCGGCAGGAUGGGUGGGAUGGGUGAAGGGCACUGAAUCUAGCCCACUCCUGCCCACUGCAGCCUUAGCUUCACCUCAAGGCCUUGUGUUCAUCCUCUUGCUGGGGGCAAAGGUUUCAGACACGGGCUGCCCUCAGCCUUUGACUGCAGGGGUGGGUCUUUAUUCCGACAGGUGCCCUCAGAGUCCCCUCCCACUCCCAGUCUUGGGCACUGGGGGCAGGGUCAGAGCCCACAGGCCGGAAGCCAACCCAGUGCCUACUUGUAAAGAUUUUGUAAUAAAAAGCUUUUCCUAAA